AUGGAGUUCUCAGUAGUAGGUUUUGAGAAAGAUCUAGUCAACAUGAGAAAGUAUUAUGGAAGUGGAAAAACAAAAGAAGCAUCAUGGAGAAAAUCACAGCUAGAAGGGCUGCGUAACUUUAUCAUUGAAAAUGAAGAAAAAAUCUUGAAGGCCCUUAAGAAGGAUUUAGGGAAGCACCAUGUUGAAGCUUUCAGAGAUGAGGUUGGAAUUCUAAAGAAAUCCAUAGAUUUGGCAAUAAAAUCCUUCAAACAAUGGAUGGCUGGCAAAGAAGCUAAACUGCCACAAAUUGCACUACUUUCAAGUGCAGAAAUUGUUGCUGAACCUCUUGGUCUAGUUCUUAUAAUCUCAUCAUGGAACUUUCCCUUUGGACUGUCCUUGGAACCAUUAAUCGGAGCUGUAGCUGCUGGAAACACUGUAGUUCUAAAACCUUCAGAGUUGGCCCCAGUUUCUUCCUCUCUCCUUGCCACUAUUCUACCAAAUUAUUUGGACAUUAAUGGCAUUAAGAUCGUCGAAGGUGGACCAGACGUUGGAGAGAUACUCUUACGACAAAAAUGGAACAAGAUUUUCUUCACAGGAAGUGCGCGGGUCGGGAGGUUAGUUAUGUCUGCCGCGGUGGAGAAUCUGACUCCAGUAACUUUGGAGCUAGGUGGAAAAUGUCCAGCACUGGUUGAUUCACUAUCAACUUCUUGGGACAGAGAGGUUGCGGUGAAACGAAUCUUGGUGGCGAAGUAUGGAUCUUGUGCAGGACAAGCAUGCAUAGCGAUUGAUUAUGUUCUUGUAGAAAAGAGAUUCUGUUUAACAUUGCUGGAAUUGUUGAAGGAAGGGAUUAAGAAAAUGUUUGGAGAUGAUCCAAGAGGUUCUAACACCAUUGCAAGGAUAGUUAACAAACAUCAUUCCAACAGAAUCAAAGGUUUUCUUAAAGAUCCUAAGGUCAAAAAAUCAGUGGUUUUUGGUGGUUCAAUGGAAGAUGAUAAACUAUUUAUUGAACCAACAAUAUUACUGGAUCCACCACUUGAUUCAGCAAUUAUGACAGAAGAAAUAUUUGGCCCCAUCCUUCCCAUCAUUACUGUAGAGAAGAUUGAAGAUAGUAUUGAGUUCAUAAACUCAAAGGCUAAAACUCUAGCUAUUUAUGCCUUCACAAAAAACAAAACUUUGCAGAAAAGAUUGGUAUCUGAAACAUCAUCCGGAAGUAUUGUAUUCAACGAUGCAAUUCUACAGUAUGCGGCAGAUACCCUGCCAUUUGGAGGAGUUGGUGAAUGUGGAUUUGGCAAGUAUCAUGGGAAGUUCUCAUUUGAUUUGUUCAGUCACUAUAAAGCUGUGGCUAGGAGAAGUUACUACACUGAUUUUUGGUUCAGGUUUCCUCCAUGGAGUCUUAACAAGUUUCAACUACUUGAAGAAGCUUACAAUUUAAACUACAUUGGAAUACUUUUUGCUGUACUGGGCUUGAAGAGAUCAAAGCGUUCAUUAUAUAUGGCUUGUAAUUGA